GACGGUGAGAGGGACCGCGUCGUCGAGCGGCUUCGAAUCGAACUUCGUGCCGUGCAGGACGCACACAACGAUGGCGAGGCCCAACUUGCAGCCCUGGGCUUGGUCGCACAAGACUCGGCUCAAAUAGUGGCGCGACUAACGCAAGAGGUUGCCGACGCGCAAGCCUCAACGACGCUCCUCCGCGAGUCCGCGGGCGAAGAACGUCGCGUCUGGGCACAAUGUGAAGGUGAAAAAGAG